CUUUUCGUCUCUACACUGCCUAGGGAGCUGCAUUGCAAGCGUAUUCUUUCCGCGCCAAGGAAUAAAUCAGCAAAUCAAACCCAUAAAAAUGUCCGACAAGUCUUUCACCACCGCCGAGGUCGGCUCGCACAACAACGACGAGAAGGGCUACUGGCUCAUUGUCGAGAACAACGUCUACGACGUCUCCAAAUUCCUCGACGAGCACCCCGGCGGCGCAAAGAUCCUCAAGCGUUUCGCGGGCAAGAACGCGACCAAGGCGUUCUGGAAGUACCACAACGAGAGCGUGCUGGAAAAGUACGGCGGCAAGUACAAGAUUGGCACCGUCCAGGAGGCCGCGAAGCUGUAGAGAAAGGGAACCUGGGUCUAUUUCGUAUGAUUUCAUUGUGUCAAGGUGGUGGAAUUGCUUUUCUAGGCGUUUUUUUUUUUUCUUCUAGGAAUUGGUAGACAGUUUUGGAUACACAGCAUCGCGUCUGUCUGAAUGCGAAACUAGGUUUUGUUCCGAUGUUCUUCUCUUUUGCGAGUUUCUAUGCCUGGCGCUACUGAGGCUUUGACACACACCGAUCCCCGAGAUUCCGCGGCUUGACGGUGAAGCGGCAGAUGCGGCAAUCAAUGAUGCCGCCCGCCGCAGAUGCAGAUGCACCAUCAUGAUUCCCGAGCCGGUGCCGAGUCUGACGGCCGGCGAAUCACCUGUAAGAGACGGAGACGCGAGCGCUGGCAAACCGCAACAAACGCUGCUGCGACAAUUGCCAUGACAAGCUGUGACUAAUGACAGGUUGAUGCCAUUGGCCUUUUGGUGCUAAAAGGCGACGCUGACACUAUUCGCUUUAUACCGCUUUUGGGCAUCGUGCUGGAGCAGCUUGCGAGCAAAACGCGAGAGAAAGACUUUGCGAUCCCCAACUUACGGCCUAAAGCACACAGGUGGAGAAGGCCAUUACCAUUUCUUUUACCAAUAGCUCAGCUACAUGUUUGAUAUAAAUGCCAUUGAUCAUUC